GCGACAGCUGCGAGUAUACAGCUUCAGGACAUGGCCGACAAAGCUCUACAUUUCCUCUCGCACGCAAGCAACGAGACCCUCGGAGCCUGCAUUGUCGGUCUGGCCGCCACGACCUACUUUGUUCUGGGAAGAGUUGGCCUCGUAUUGAUUGGUAUCGUCGGUGGCGUAGCACUGCAUGCGACAUGGGAGGCUUCUCACUCUUCGCCCGAUAGACUUGGUGUGAGCGAGGCUGAACAGAAGAAGCGACGAGAAGUUGGUCUGGACGUCGUACACCGUCUCUUGUUGUCGAGGGAAACCCAGAAGAACAAGCCAGAGGCGGACGAGUCGGACGACCAAGUCACACCAUUGGCUUCGACCAAGGCUGACUUCUCGUCCUUCCGUCCUGACACGCAGGCUGCUCUGAAUGUCUUUACCAAUGCCGUCAUCCGCGAUUAUGUCAACUGGUGGUACUCGCCUGUUCUCCCUGGCGAAGACUCGUUCCCUUCUGCCUGCCGUCAAGUCCUUGUCGGCUUCAUUGUCUCACUCUCCAAUCACCUGUCCCGCAAAAGACCGGUCGACACCUUCCUAGAUUUCGUUACCAACUCCUCCUCGAUCGUCAUCGUCUUCCUCAAUGAGCUCGCCGCCGCCCUCAAUGCAUCGCCCAACUCUACCUCCGAAGAAGCCGUUCACGCCUACCUCGAGAUGAAGCCCGACAGCAGUCUCGCCAGCAUCAUGGACUCCAAACAUCAAGAGAAGAAGCUCAAGGUUGUCGCAAACGAUAUUCUCCUGAAAUACCUCGACAACAAGACCUACAUGUGUGCCCCUGCUCAAGUCUUCCUCAAGCAGGUCCUGGCCAAGUUGGUCCUGUCCAUGACCGUCGACAGCUGCUCAAAACCCGAAUUCAUCAACCAGUGGAUUGUCUACCUGCUUGAGGAUGGCGAGCCCGAGUUGAUGGAGGUCAUUGACGCUGGCGUCGAGGGCUCUGCCGUCGUCAACAAGAAAAAGGUCUCUAUGGACGAACAGCCAGAAAAGCCCGCAUCUAGCCCUGAGACCGUCCGCGAACACAGGCGCAAGGCCAGCCGCAACAGAGCUGAAGAGGCCAUGGACGAAGCUAUGAAAGAAGCGCAGAGGCUUAGUCAGCUGAUUGCUGAAGAGGAUGCGAAAAAGUCCUUGGAUGAGCCGUCUGCUGUUGUCAGCAGUGGCGACAUAUCAGAGACUACUACUCAAGGCAUCAUGACUCCUUCGUCGUCCCAAGGAGAUGCCGAUGAGAGCUCCAAGCCGGAUGCGUCCAAGUCCUCACCCACUGGCGAUUCCACGAGACAAUCCGAGGACACGAGGAAACCUUUCACCAGUUUCGACCAGAUAGUCCCAGUCACAAGCCCUACCGCUUUGGUCAGCCAGGAAGAGAGACUACGUCUCAAGCCACCGCCUGUCUUGACUCUGUACAACGCUUCAAUCAACAUUUUUGAUGAUGCUUCUCCUGGAAACAAUACAGUUAUGCGAUCAAAACCCAAUGUGGACUACAUGAUCCAGAUCGAGCCCACGUCGUCGAGCUUCCCUGGCUGGAUGAUCGUUCGCAAGUAUACCGACUUUGAAACUCUGCACGAGGUUCUUCGUCGCAUCUCUGUUAUCACCGGCACUCGCUUCACCGACUCUCAUGCCAAUCUGCCUUCGUGGAAGAACAACACCAAGCAUGCACUCCGCAAUGAUCUGGAACGUUAUCUGAACGAUGCAGUUCGUCUGCAGCCUCUAGCCGAGAGCGAGGGCAUGAAGCGAUUCUUGGACAAGGAUGGCGGUGCUUCUCGUUCGCCUGGCGGUAGCAAAGGCUUUGGCUGGCCGACGCCGGUUGCUUUCGAUCAAAUGGGCAAGAGCAUGAUGGAUACAUUGACCAAGGCUCCUACACAAGUAGCCGGAGGUGGAAAGGCGAUCUUUGGCGGUGUUACUAGCAUCCUCGGUGGCAAGCGUAAUUCUGUCGCCACAAACCACAACGCCAGCCGCUCAUCCAUCUCGUUGAACCCUGCCAACUUCCUCGAGGACAGCUAUAUGGGUAGCGUGAGUAAUGCUGGUGUCGAGAGACAGAGCACCGACAGUGUCAGAAGUAUUCCUGCACCUCUGUCGCGCACUCCAUCGAUGACGAAACGUGUCCCACCAGCUGCUCAGUCUGGUCACAAAGUCGACCAAUCAGUCGACUGGAAAACAAGACCUAGCUUCUCAACUCCUCGUACUUCCUACCAAGGCACAAGAAGUGGAGAGCUCAGUCGUCCCUCGUCUUCAACAGGUCUGGCAAAGCUUGACACGGGACUCCAUCUCCCUCCUCCACCUUCGGAUAUCCCUGACGACUAUGCCUCCCCAACAGCAGUAUCGCAUCAGCCUAGCAGAAUCAGCGACGAUAUGACGUACAGCUCUCCUAACACUCGCACACCUGCCUCAAGGUAUCCCACUUCUGGCAUAAGGUCACGACGCACGUCUAGAUCUCCAGAAGCCACUUCAACACGAUCGGCGUCGAUAGCGACAACCAAAGCCACACCGCCGAUCUCAGAACAAGAAACACAAGUAGCAGUCGAACUCCUCUUCGCCGUAAUCACCGAACUCUACACUUUGUCCUCGGCCUGGAAUAUCCGCCGCACCCUUCUCAAUGCCGCAAAGUCAUUCCUCCUCCGACCUGGCAACCCCCAACUCGAAGCCAUUCGCCAGCUCAUCCAGACCAACGUCAUUGAAACCUCCACUGCUGACUCCUCCAUUGCCGCUCAUAUCCUCAAGAUUAGAGAAAACUCAUUGCCUACUGAAGAUGAGUUGAAAGCGUGGCCGAAAGAGAUGAGUGCAGACGAAAAAGAGGCAUUGAGAGUGAAGGCCAGGGCACUGCUUGUGGAGAGGGGUAUGCCUGCUGCGUUGACUAGUGUCAUGGGUCAGGCUGCUAGUGGAGAGGCACUGGGGAGGGUGUUUGAUUGUUUGCAGGUUGAGGGGGUGGGGAGGGGUGUUGUGUUUGGGGUUAUGCUGCAGGCGUUGAGGGCGAUUGUGCAGUAG